CUCCCUGCCACAGGUCGACCGCAGACACCUGGACAGGUAGACGCUUCGUCGGGACGGGACGCUCCCAGACUUCGACGGGCUUCAGCACACAGGUGAUGGUGUCAGGAUGUCUGAAGGGAGGCAGCGAACGUUGUCCACCUCUGGAGAGUCUCUGUAUCAGAUCCUGGGUCUGGAGAAAGGCUGCAGCCAUGACGACAUUAAGAAGUCCUACAGGAAACUGGCGUUGCGGUACCACCCUGACAAAAACCCGGAGAACCCGGAGGCGGCGGAGAAGUUUAAGGAACUGAACAGCGCUCAUGCCGUCCUGUCCGACCUCACCAAGAGGAACAUCUACGACUCGUACGGAUCUCUGGGACUCUACGUGGCCCAGCAGUUCGGAGAGGACAAUGUCAACACAUACUUCAUGCUGUCCACCUGGUGGGCCAAGGGUCUGUUCUCGGUGUGCGGGAUCCUGACCGGGUGUUACUGUUGCUGCUGCCUCUGCUGCUGCUGUAACUGUUGCUGUGGGAAACUCAAGCCGACGCCCACAGGUGAGGGGGCGGAGCCAGACUACGUCUCCCCCGACGAACUCGAGGAAGAGAUACGCAACGACCCCGACAAUGAUGUUGAAGCUCCAAUCGUUCACCAGCCAACUAACGCCAGCGAGAAAACUCAGCUGAUCGCCGACGGACACCGCAGGGAAAAAAAGUCUUCCAGUACUUCAGGGGCUGGGGACCAGCCUGAGGCGUUAGAGUCACUCUCUGAUUGGCUGCAGUAGGAUUACACCUUCAGACUCUUCC